GGUUUUAGAGGUUUCGCAUGACUGGAACCGACUCCAAAGAACGAACCCAAAUUUAAUUCCGCUCGUCACCUUUCAGAAAAACCGAGUAACAGACCUAGACGAACUUCUAAUAAUAAUUUACCAAUUACCUACACAGCUACAUACGUAUCACCAUAUUCACCUUAACUCCCCGAAAGUUACGAGCUGCGCCUCUUCGUUAUACGUGACAGUGUUCCGAUUUUAGGGAAAGCAGUCGUUGAUGCUGGAAUAGUAGACAAAGGAGAGGCGGAACAUGAUCUCCAUUAACGACCGAGGCAUCCCAUUGACACCACUCACACUCACGAAAUCUGAUCUGACAACAUCAUCUUUCUUACCAAUACGAAACCGUAGGAUUUAAACCACCACGUGCUCUUCCGUCUUGGAGUUACUUUGGACUUAAUUCGAUCACGAACGAAGGGACGAUUUCGAAUACCUUUGCUUUCUAUUGCAGAAUAUUCAGGGGUUAAGAAUUGGGGAUUGAAUUGUUUUGCUGGAUGAUCCCGAGAGAGUAACUCGUAGCUAGUGAUGCCGUGGGAGCACGAGGGUCCCGGUAUUCUGUAGUCUGAUAGAGACUGCCCCUCAUCAUCAUGGAGUCCAACGGCCAAAACGGACCGGACGAUUCGUCCCUAAGACCAGUCUCGUCCCUGAGAUCCCAUUUCGAGAGCAUAGGCAAAGCCAAAGAAGGUGUCAAAGAUGGUCAAACAGCUGCCAAUGCCCCGCCUAGUAGAAAUCAAUCGCCGUCCCCGAAACCUCCACCAGUUCCAGACACGAGACCUAACCGAAGUGUGAACGUACCUCCAGAAAAUGGAAGGCCCAAGCCAAGAGAUAGCUUAAUUGCCUCGAGUCGUCAUUCCAUCCAAAUUGCAGUUCCGCCGCCGUUAAGUCCAAAACCUAUCAAACCGCCUGCUGUCUUAAUAGAACCACCUCAGUCACCACCGAAACCAAGACCGCUCUCCGUUUUACAAAAUGACACGAGUGCUCAUCUCUUCCCUGAACCUUCAAAAUCUCCUAAUACUCCAGUUGCUUCUUCGCCCCGUUCAUUCAAGAUUCCUAGCCGACCACAUACACCAAUACUCGAACCCGGUCGAUCUCCUAGGCUCAUAGCCGCAGUCCAACCACCGUCACCACCUCCUCCGCGAAGGUCUGCCGAGCUAAAGAGAGAUCGUGAAGCUAGGGCAUCGCCACCUAUUCCCCCACCCGUGAAUCGCGCCGAAAAACCAGCGAAUCGACUAUCUAGACUGAUGGAGAACGCAUCUCAACUAGAAUUGACACCCCAGAUUUCGGAGGCACGGUCACCAUUCAGUAGCCCUCCGAGUAGCCCUGAGCAUGAAGAUCGCCCGGUGCUUCCAACACGCCCGGCACGGCCACCAACUCAAAAUGCAACGCCAAGAACGAGUGUAGUACCAAGAGGGGUUGAUCCCCCUCCCGUUCACCAUACAAUUGCGACUAUUCGCCGAGACAACGAGAUAAAUGGAAACACUCGGGCACCCAUCACACGGUCUGUAGAUGACCGCCCGGCCCUUCCAGCCCGGCCACAGACUGUCGCCGAGCCCGCGCAUGCCCGAAUCCCAGCAAAUACGGCUGUCAAAGCGCCACCUCGACCUCCGAGACCUUCCGUGACCACUACAAGUGUGACUACGGAUGGACCCAUAUCUCCACAACCUAAACGUGCGGUUUCGACACCAACCAGUCAACUUGCGCCUCCCCCAUCUCGUACUCACGGAAGGUCUAUGACAAUAGAUAAGGGCUCUGAGAAGAUUCCGGCAGAAUUCCAUGAUCCUGCUCGACCUUCCGACUCAUCAUACCCGGCUUCUCCAGGUCAGGUAGAGAUUGUAUCUCAAUAUCCUGAUCCAACUAAGAUAAACCGCAGGCCACCUUUCAUAAAACAGGGCGCUCAUGAGAUCCAUACUAAGUACGAUGCCAGAUUAUUCGAUGUCUGCGGACAAUACGUGUGCACUACUGGUCAUCUUACGCGAGUCUGGAAUCUGCUUGACGGUGAACUUGUGGUGAGUUUUGCUCACGGAGAGGGAGUUAAAGCAACUGCUGUGGCGUUUAGGCCAGGCUUAAACGUGGAUGAAGAGGGGGUCCGGAUUUGGAUUGGUAAUAAUGUUGGCGAAAUCAUCGAAGCCGACGUUACAUCUCAAAACAUAACCGAAACUAAGCAAAAUGCUCAUGGUCGAUAUGAAAUAACCAAGAUUUAUAGGCAUUACAAUGAGAUGUGGACUCUAGAUGAAGGGGGAACGCUGCACGUAUGGGGACCAGACAGCAACGGAACACCAAACUUAGGCCUCAACCCUGAUCAGACUUACAGGUUGCCUAAAGGACACACAUUUUCUAUGGUGGUUAAUGAUGACUUAUGGCAUGCAGCAGGGAAAGAAAUCCGCAUUUUUACACCGACUACCGGUGGCCGAAAUCAAUUACAGGUCCUAAUGAGACCCCUGGUCUCGGAAGGGGCAGGCGAAGUGACAUCUGGAACUCUCAUGAAGUCGCAACCAGGCAAGGUCUUCCUUGGUCACAGCGACGGCAAAGUCAGCAUUUAUGCUCAGAAAGAUUAUACAUGCCUGAGCGUGCUCAAUAUCAGCUCAUACAAGAUCAACUCCCUUGCAGGCGCGGGAAAUAAUAUAUGGGCGGGCUUCAACUCUGGGAGGAUUUGCGUAUACGACAUCACGAAAUCACCUUGGGUCAUCAAGAAGGAUUGGCAAGCCCACGACAACCCAGUUAUAAAAGUUAUUGCUGAUCCUGCUAGCUUCUACAGACUUGACCGGUCUCAGGUUAUCACCCUCGGGGCAGACAAUAUAAUAAAAUCCUGGGAUGGGUUGCUUCAAGACGAUUUUUUGGAAAACGAGAUGAAAUCCAUCGAUACGCAGUACUGCAAAUUCGAGGACAUCAAAGUUUUGGCGAUGACGUGGAAUGCCGGGGCUUCGACACCCAAUAGCCUAAGAUAUUCCCAAUCCGAUUCUAUAUUCAUACAGAAUUUGUUGCAAUCAAGCGAUUCUCCAGAUAUAAUUAUUUUUGGAUUCCAGGAGCUAGUCGACUUAGAAGAUAAAACUGCGACGGCGAAGCGAUUUUUCAAGCCGAAGAAGAAGGAUGCGUCGGACCAGGAGAAGAUGAGCCACCAAUACCGAGACUGGAGAGACUUCCUCGUCAGGAGUCUCGACGAUUAUAUGCCCGCCGACCACCUCUAUCACCUUCUUCAAACGGCAACUCUAGUGGGACUUUUCACUUGCAUAUUCGUAAAGUCGAGCCUCCGUGACCGCAUACGGAAUCUCAGCAACAGCGAGAUCAAGCGUGGAAUGGGAGGAUUACAUGGAAACAAGGGCGCUAUCAUCGUGCGGUUUAUGAUAGACGAUACUUCACUCUGUUUCAUCAACUGCCAUCUUGCGGCGGGCCAAUCGGGAGCAAAUCAACGACAUAAUGACAUCGCGGCGAUCAUGGAAACCGCUCUUUUACCUGUGGAACGCGACCCAAGUGUACGUAUCGACAGCUACGUAGGAGGUGGCGAUGGAACGAUGGUCCUUGAUCAUGAGUUAUGCUUGCUGAACGGCGAUCUCAACUACCGUAUCGACACCAUGUCACGGGAUACGGUGGUCAUCGCAGUGAAGCAAAACAACCUCGCCAAGCUCCUCGAGCGCGAUCAGCUUCUCGUAGCCCGUCGGAGAAAUCCGGCAUUUAAGCUCCGAGCCUUUGACGAGAUGCGUAUCGAAUUUCCGCCAACGUACAAGUACGAUGUGGGAACCGACAACUAUGACACCAGCGAGAAGAAGCGGUCACCGGCCUGGUGCGAUCGCCUCCUUCACCGAGGUUUUGGCAGAAUACAGCAACUUGAAUAUAGACGGCACGAGGUCAGGGUUUCAGACCACCGACCCGUGACCGGUCAAUUCAAGUUCACUAUUAAGUCUAUCUCGCCUAAGAAGCGGACGUUGGCUUGGGCAGACUGCCAACAACGCUUCGAGAACCUCAAGGGGAAGGAGGCGAAUUCGGAUAUGCUUUAUUAUCUCAUACACGUUAUCGGCUACGAUUCAGAAACGGGUAAACAGAUAAUACGCGACAGAGCUGUCAGAUAAACCGGCGCGAUCGAAAUCAGCGAUGGUAGGAUAGGAAGUGGCUAGGUCCGGCCCGUACAUAUAGAAGCCCGGCCAGAAAACAUGGAAAGAAAAUGAAUUGUCCUUCAGCCUUUGAGAGAAAGCGACAUCGAUAAAGCGAAAUAGAGAGAGAGCCCUGGCGACGGCCAGUUGUGACGUGAUAUGACAAAAUGCGGCGAAUCCGGCAAAGAAGACGGACUGUGUUAUACUGCCGCGUUAGAUGGUUGGUUGGGCUUAUGAGGAUAGGCAUUAUCAUAGUUCCAGAAGCGACGAUAAAGCAUAUUCAUAGAGAAUAAAAAUAAGUAAUGAGUGAG